AUGACCAGAAAGCUAGUAUCAGCCUACCGUGUGAAACGAAGAGACCCUGCUUUCAGAGAGAGAGUCAACAUCAUAUGCGACAGCCUAAAGCAAAAAAUCAAGGCAUUAGGAAACAGAAUUCGUCGUUACAAUCUCAGAACUAAGAGAUACAAAAAUAAUAGGCUGUUUUAUCACAAUCAGAAACAGUUCUUUCGUAAUCUCGAAUGUAACAACGAAGAAGAAUGCCAUCACCUCGAUCCUAACGAGGCCUAUAAGUACUGGUACGAGAUAUGGUCUGAAAGAGUAGAUCACGACAACGAAGCGCACUGGAUAGAUGAGGCACAAUCACAGAUCCCAAGCACUCAUAUGGAGGAUGUGAACAUAACGGAAUCAGAUAUUACAGCGACUCUGAGACGCUCAAACAACUGGGCAUCACCAGGAGCGGAUGGCUUGCAGAAUUUCUGGUGGAAGCAUUUCACAAGUGUUCAUGGGAGGCUUGCAACUCUAUUUCAAAAGGCGCUGUCAGACCCCUCAAAUAUACCAGAAUUCUUCACCUUGGGCAUCACACAUCUGGUGCCCAAGAAGGGAGACUUAAAAGACCCAAGAAAUUACCGUCCGAUUACAUGCCUCCCCUCUGUCUAUAAGAUCUUGACAGGAGUGCUAAAUCUGUAUGUUCACGGACACCUGAGAGAACACCACCUAAUGGCUGACGAGCAGAAUGGAUGUCGCAACAAAAAUAAAGGAUGUAAGGAGCUUCUUGUAGUGGAUCAUAUAAUAACCAAACAAGCAAAGAAAAAAUUGAGAAAUAUAUCCGUAGCGUGGAUCGACUACAAAAAAGCAUUUGAUUCCGUCCCUCACACCUGGCUAAUUAAAGUACUCGAAAUGCAUGGCAUAGCACCGCAGGUGAUGAAUCUACUCAAACACCUCAUGAACACCUGGAGAACCACUCUGUUUCUGAGAACAAUGGAAGGCAUAGUGAAGUCAAGUGUUAUCGAUAUAAGACGCGGAAUCUUCCAGGGUGAUACUCUAAGCUGCAUGUGGUUUUGUUUAUCCUUGAAUCCCCUAAGCAAACUCCUCAAUAACACCAACUACGGAUAUAUCAUCAACAAGGAAAGAGGAGUCAGGAUCAGUUAUCGCCCUUACAUAGAUGACUUAAAGAUAUAUGCUUCGAGCACAGAGCAGCUGCGACGACAACUUGAAAUUGUCGCAGCUUUCAGCGAUUCAAUCAAGAUGGAAAUGGGAACCGAUAAGUGUGCUACGCUCGAAGUAAAAAGGGGAAAGAUUCAGGAACCUCGAACCACUACCCUGAUGAACUUCAAUAGGAUUUCCGCACUGAAUGAGGAUGAGUCGUACAAAUACCUGGGAAUAAAUCAGGCCCUCGACAUAAGAACAUCAGAAAUGAAAGUCAUUUUCAGGGAGAGGCUGUAUAGGAGAGUGAACUUGCUGCUGAAAUCUGGCCUGAACUCCAAAUCGCUGUUCACCGCAAUCAAUAUUUGGGCUAUACCGGGCAUUACUUAUUCGUUCGGUGUUCUCGCCUGGUCACAGACGGACCUUAGGGAGAUUGAUAGAAAGAUUAGAACUAUGCUAACGAAGAACGGCAUGCACCACCCCCACUCAUCCACCAUUAGACUUUAUCUUCCGAGGAAAAACGGGGGAAGAGGACUCAUAAACAUAGAGACAGCCCAUGCGGAAAAUGUUAAUGCCCUAAGAACAUAUUUCAUGCAGCUGGACUCACCUGUUAGUGCGGCAAUCCGGGAGGCUGACGUAAACAUCUCCAUACUGAAGUUGUCGGUUCCGGAUUAUAAAGUGGCGGCUCCAUCCGUUGGUGAGUGCGUGGAGGAAUGGAGUGGAAAGGCUCUGCAUGGGAGGUAUCCUGGUCACCUAAAAAGCAGAGAGGUCAAUGAAGUGGAGUCGCUUACUUACCUUCGGGCAGGAUACCUGUUUCCUGAGACAGAGGGGAGACUUCUGGCGAUACAGGAUCAGGUGAUGCCAACGAGGAUGUACUUGAAACAUAUCGCCGGGCGGGACAUCCCCUCCACCCUCUGUCGCAAGUGUUCCCAGGCUCCUGAGUCGAUUCAGCACAUGACUUCGGCCUGCUCCAUCAUGGCCCCGAGAGACUAUCUUGAAAGGCACAAUGCCAUGGGAAAGAUCUAUCAUCAGAAACUGGCACUCAAGUUAGGAUUAAUUCAAGACGAAAUCCACCAAUAUCUGUAUGCGCCGAAGCCUCUUUUACUGAACCACCGAUACAAAUUAUAUUGGGACUCAACAUUAAUAACGGACCGAGGUGUGGCCCAUAAUCGACCGGAUGUAGCGCUGUUCGAUGAAGAAAAGAAAACCUGCUUGUUGCUGGACUUUACAAUCCCAGCCGAUGAGAACUUAGCUAGGGCAUACAGUGAUAAGAUCUCGAAAUAUGGUGACCUCGCCUAUCAACUCCGCGAGAUGUACGAUUUGAGAUCCAUUAGUAUCCUCCCAUUGAUAAUGUCGGUUAAUGGACUGGUUGAGAGGCAUUUGGUGGAGAAUACGGAAAGAUUGGGUUUGGGACGCGAAGUCAUCUCUAGCGCCCAAAAACAGGUCAUUCUGGGAACGGACAUAUAUCUGAAAGAAGAGAAGAAGAUUAAGAACUACUUCCAGACAGGAAUCACACCAAUCCAAAAAUGGGUGGCUUCACAACGCUACCCCUCCUCGGGAGAAACCAGCACGCAUGAACCUGAAAUCGAAGACUUCAAGGAGAUAUUGAAGCAAAACUGGCAGACAAAACCUCUGCACGGAAGAUUCUUCGCAAGCCUGAACCAGUCUGAUGUAGAUAAGCUGAGCUCGAGUACUUACCUGACGCAAGGUUACCUUUUUCCCCAAACAGAAGGAACAUUCCUGGCGAUUCAGGAUCAAGUCGUGCCAACACGAGUCUACACUAAGCAUAUCAUGAAACAACAGGUACAAACAACAAAAUGUAGACUCUGCGAUAAAGCCGAGGAAACUGUGCAGCACUUGUCAUCUGGAUGCUCCACAAUAGCCGGCACCAAAUACCUUGGACGCCAUGACAAUAUGGGGAAGGUCGUGCAUCAGUCGCUGUGCCUGAGGGAGCAACUACUCCCACAUUUCGUCCCACACCACAUAUACGCACCGCAGACUGUCCUGGAAAACGAAACCACCAAAGUCUACUGGGAUUUAACCAUUAUCACCGAUCGAGGAGUAGAGCACAACAGACCGGAUAUGGUGGUGUGGUCAAAGAAGGAUAAGAAGGCAUAUAUCAUAGAUUUUGCUGUGCCUCUAGAUCAAAACCUUUCCAAGGCAUACGGAGAAAAAAUCGCAAAAUACGAGCCAUUAGCGAAAGAGAUAAAGAAUAUGUGGCGCCUGGAAAAGGUGGAAAUUAAACCAUUGAUCAUAAGCUGCAAUGGGUUGGUGCACAGAAAAACAACAGAACAUGUCAAGGAAAUACAAUUACCAGCCAACACAAUUCUUUGGAUGCAAAAAGCGGUGAUCCUGGGGACGGUUGGGAUCAUCAGACAAGCAAUAUAUCCCCAUUGA